UCCACCUCAUAUUCACGAUGUUUUCGAGGACAGCUUUCUCGUCGGCUUUCCGCGCCGCAACCCACACCGCUCGUGCCCUCCCCAAUGCUCGCGUCACCCCACGGAUACUCACGCCCGCACAAAUCCGCCACCUCUCCGAUGCGACUCGCACCGCCAUCGACAAGGCCGUGGCCUCAGCGCCCGUUGUCUUGUUCAUGAAGGGAACGCCUGAGACACCGCAAUGCGGGUUCUCGAGGGCGAGCAUCCAGAUCUUGGGCAUGCAGGGCGUGGAUCCGGAGAAGUUCACUGCUUUCAAUGUGCUGGAAGACAAUGACUUGAGGCAAGGUAUCAAAGAAUACUCGGAGUGGCCCACGAUCCCCCAGCUCUACGUCGAUAAGGAGUUCAUUGGUGGCUGCGACAUUCUCAUGACGAUGCACCAGGACGGUUCGUUGGCGAAGAUGUUGGAGGAGAAGGGUGUUCUUGUGCCGGAGGAGAGCACACCGGAGGAGCCUUCGAAAUAGAGCAUGGAUCUCUGAGUAGGCAAUGUACGAUAAUCCUGUAUAUAUCCCGGGAUGACACAGCAGGAAGGC